UGUGCGCAGACUCGUGGCGCGCGGCUGGACCUGAUGACGCAGACAGAGCUCAGAGCUGCUGCUGAUGUUCACGCGCAGGAAGUGUGCAUUGGUGUUUCAGAUCUGGUUCCAGCUGGACGGAUCCACAAUGUUCACCGCUGCAGCUCUGCACAGUCUCCUGAUGGUGGCGCUGUGUCUCCUAAGCUGGGCCGUCCCUCACGGGAGACACCCAGGAGACCUUCACAGAGAAGAGAAAGAGUCCUCCUCAUCUCUGAUGGACAGAUCCCGGGCUUCAGACUCCUCCAGUCUCAUCAGUUCCUCACAAACCUCUGCAGCGGACAGCACUGAAGCUGGAGACGCUCAUGUCCCAGACUCAGACUUCAGCUCCAGACCGCUGGACGCUCCGGACACCUGGACAGAAGCGGAUCGUCUGCAGACAGAGGAAGUGAGCGUCUCGUCUCCGGCCACCAUGUCCUCCGAAGACCUUCCUUUGAUCUUUGAGCCGUUUGAAGACGUCACGGCACCCAGAGCAUCAUCUGGACCGUCUGUUGCCAUGACGCCAGCUGCUGUAACCAUGGAGCGGAUGGUGUCCAUGGAUACGGUUCACACUUCCUCUGACAUCCGUCUCUUAGGAACGAAAGAGCCAAUCACAGAACCCCAUCCGGAAGCAGAGCAUCAUGGGACGACACAACCAGGUGAUGAUGUCACGCAGCGCUCUGUUACCCAUAAGCCUCUGACGGCUGAUCCCGAAUCGAACGGUUUGUCGUGUGUUCAGAUCAGAUCAGCUGAACGUCUCUGUGUUACAGAGGAGCCUGAUGAAGAUGAGGAGGAAGAGGAGGUGGACUCUGAUGAGGAGGAGAGCGAAGAGGACCUGACAGAGAGCACCAUGGCCCCGCCGUACAGCCUGAUCCCUCCUCCUCCCGUCUGGGUGCAGCGGAACCAGGGCCUGGUGCGGAGCUGGGUGGAGCUCAUCAGAGAGAAGGCUGGGUAUGUGUCGGGGAUGUUGGCUCCGGUGGGGAUCGGGAUCGCUGGAGCUCUUCUUCUGGUCGGAGCUCUCUACAGCAUCAGAGCGAUCCAUCGACGGAGGAACAGCUUCAAACACCAGAGGAGGAAGCCUCCCAGAGAAGUGCGCAGCGGACCAGACAACGCCAUGCUGCUGGCCGACAGCUCAGAAGACGAGUUCUGACCAGAGACAGCUGAGAUAGACACUCAGAUCAUCUAGAACAUGAAUCCUCUUUCAGAAUCACAAUAAGAACCAUUUACACUGAUGAGAAACAUCAUUGAGAUGCUAUUAUUAUAAGCUUUAAUAAUAUUUUGAGUCACAUUUUAUGAUGUUUUCAUUUAUAUAUAUGUGUGUGUGUGUGUGUGUGUCCAUAAAGUUGAUAAAAAAAAGAU